AUGCUAGAUAGAAGUAUUUCUACGUACUUUAGCUAUUACCUAUAUAUAAAGAAGAUAUACUUAAUAGUAGAGGCAGAUCUAGAUAGGCCUAGAGAGAGUAUAGAGAGCUGCUUAGACUACUCUUACUUCUUUAUAAAAACUAAUAUAGAUAAUAUAGAGGCAAAGACAAAGGUAAUAAAGCUUUUAAAGUUACUAGGGAAGAAGUGUAAAAGGUAUUAUUACCUAGAGUUAGAGGUUAAGGUAGAUCUACAACUAGCGUUAAGAAGAUAUAGUAUAGCUAAGACUUUAGUAAUUAAGCUUCUCUAUAUUAAGAAUCUAGAAGAGAAGGCCUUAACGUCUACUAUUCUACUAGUAUCUAGGCUAGCUAGUAAUUACUUCUUAAAAAGCUAUCUAGUAAAUACUAAUAAGAAGAAUCUAGCUAGAGUAGCUAUAGCGUCUAUACUCCUAUAUAGGGCUAAAAAGAAGGAUUUCUACGCUGUCUACUAA